AUGGCAGGCACCAAGGUCGACGGGCAGGCGAUCGGAAUCGACCUCGGGACAACCUACUCGUGCGUGGCCGUCUGGCAACCAAGGCAUGACCGCGCCGAGAUAAUGGCCAACGACCAGGGCAACCGCACCACUCCGUCCUGUGUCGCCUUCACUGGCGCCUGGCGGCUCAUCGGCGAUGCGGCCAUGAACGAGGCCGCCAUGAACCCUGUCAACACCGUCUUUGAUGUGAAGCGACUGAUUGGCCGGCGAUUCAGCGACGUGUCAGUGCAAGGAGAUAUGAAGCUAUGGCCUUUCAAAGUGAUUUCAGGCCCCGGUGGCCGACCAAGGAUCGUAGUGCAGUGCAGAGGCGAGGAGAAGUACUUCGCGGCCGAAGAGAUCUCAUCCAUGGUGCUCUUCAAGAUGCGUGAGACGGCUGAGACCUACCUCGGUAAGAAGGUGAAGAAUGCCGUCAUCACUGUCCCGGUCUACUUCAAUGACUCACAGCGCCAGGCCACCAUCGAUGCCGGCGCCAUCGCUGGCCUCAAUGUCAUGCGCAUCCUCAACGAACCCUCAGCUGCGGCCAUCGCCUAUGGUCUGGGAAGGAUGCAGGACACUGGUGAAGUGAAGACAGUGCUAAUAUUCGAUUUCGGUGGCGGUACCUUGGAUAUAUCUGUUAUAGAUAUCGACAAUGAGUUUUUUACGGUCAAGGCCACGUCAGGUGACACACACCUUGGAGGCGAGGAUCUCAACAAUCGGAUGGUGGAACACUUCGUGCAGGAUUUCCUUAAGAAACACAAGAUUGACAUCGGAAACAACACUAGGGCGCUCAUGCGGCUAAAGACAGCGUGCGAGAGGGCGAAGAGGAUGUUGUCUUCAACAGCGCAGACAAAAUUUGAGAUGGACUCGCUCCAGGACGGCAUCGACUAUUAUGGGGGCAUCACCCGUGCCCGUUUCGAAGAGCUCAAUAUGGACAUUUUCCGCAAGUGCAUCGAACAUGUCGAGAAAUGCCUCAACGACGCCAAGAUGGACAAGUCCCAAAUCCACGACGUUGUGCUCGUAGGUGGCUCCAGCCGGAUCCCCAAGGUGCAGCAGCUUCUCGUGGAUUUCUUCAACGGGAAGAAGCUGUGCAAGAGCAUCAACCCUGAUGAGGCUGUCGCAUACGGUGCUGCUGUCCAGGCUGCCAUCCUCAACGGCGAUUACAACCAGAAGGUGCAGGACUUGGUCCUCGUCGACGUCACGCCACUCUCCCUCGGGAUAGAAGUUGUUGGUGGUUUCAUGCGCGUGGUGAUCCCCAGGACUACCACCAUCCCAUCCAGGAAGGAGCGGUUUUACACAACCGAAUAUGACAACCAGACAUCUGCGGACAUCAAUGUAUACGAGGGUGAAGGGGAGUUGAUCAAGGACAACAACCUCCUCGGCAAGUUCACGCUCGACGGCAUCCCCCCAGCGCCCAGGCUCGUUCCGGAUAUCAAUGUGACAUUCGAGAUCGAUGCCAACUGCAUCCUGAAGGUCUCGGCGCAAGACAUGGCGACUGGAAACAAGAACAGCAUCACCAUCAUUUCAGACAAGGGUGGGCUGAGCAAGGAGGAGAUCGAGCGCAUGGUGCAGGAUGCUAAGAAAUAUAAGUCCGAGGACAAGAAGCAAAUAAACAAAAUUAAGAAGGAAAAAGAGGAGGGUUGGGUGAGCAAGGAGAACUUCGAGCGGAUAGUGCAGAUUUCCGACAAGUACCAAAGCGAGGACAAGAAGGAAACGCAGAAAAUAAAGAAGGAAGGAGGAGGCUCAAUGUCCUCAAACAACACGUACGAUGAGUUUCUGCAGUCCAACUGCUUUUGCUACGACAUGGAGCGCUAG